AAACAGAGACAUGAUGAAGAGGCAGUGAUUGACCAGGGAAGAACAAGCAACGUUGUCAACAUUCACUAUGAGAAGGAGGAGCUGGAAGGCCACCGGACCCUCUAUGUGGGGGUGCGGAUGCCGCUGGUGCGGCAGAGCCACCGGCACCACCGGCCCCACAGCCGCAAGGAUCGGAAACGGGAACGGGAGAAGGACUCUGCCGCGACGGAGCAGGGCUACCACUACACCCCAUCGCAGCGGGUGCAGUUCAUCCUCGGGACUGAGGAGGACGAGCAGCACGUCCCCCAUGACUUGUUCACUGAGCUGGAUGAGAUCUGCCUGAAAGAGGACAAAGAUGCCGAGUGGAAGGAGACAGCAAGGUGGUUGAAGUUUGAGAAGGACGUGGAAGACGGUGGCGAGCGCUGGAGCAAGCCCUACGUGGCCACACUGUCCUUGCACAGCCUCUUCGAGCUGAGGAGCUGCCUCAUCAAUGGGAUGGUGCUGCUGGACGUUUGUGCCAACAGCAUGGAAGAGAUCGCAGAUAUGAUCCUGGGCCAGCAGGAGCAGGCUGCAGAGCUGGAGGAGCGCACGAGGGCCCGAGUGCGAGAGGUGCUCCUGAAGAAGCAUCACCACCAGAACGAGCGGAAACGAAACAAUCUCCUCCCCAUCGUCCGCUCCUUCGCCGACGGGAGCAAGAAGCAGUUGGAGCUGCACCUCCUCGACAAGCCAGCUCAAACGCUCAGCCCUCAUCCUUCUCCCACCACUGCAGAAGCGAAGAACGGAGUGACCCACGAGACCAGCACAAUGGACUUAAGCAAGGCGGAGCUGCACUUCCUGAAGAAGAUUCCCACUGGGGCUGAAGCAUCCAACGUGCUGGUGGGAGAGCUGGACUUCCUGCCCCAGCCCAUCGUGGCAUUUGUCCGCCUCACCCCGGCUGUCCUCCUCUCGGGCAUGACAGAAGUUCCCAUCCCAACAAGGUUCCUGUUUGUUUUGCUUGGACCAGGAGGAAAAGCCCAUCGGUACCAUGAGAUCGGCAGGUCCAUGGCUACUAUCAUGACAGAUGAGGUUUUCCAUGAUGUUGCCUAUAAAGCCAAGGACCGGGCUGACCUUGUGGCCGGCAUCGAUGAGUUCCUCGACCAGGUCACGGUGCUGCCGCCGGGAGAGUGGGACCCAUCGAUCCGAAUCGAGCCCCCGAAAAGUGUCCCCUCGCAGGAGAAAAGGAAGAUGCCAGGAGCGCUUGAGGACAGUACUUCUCACAGUAAGCCGGAGAAACACAGUGGUCCUGAGCUGGAGCGGACGGGAAGACUCUUUGGAGGUUUGAUCCUGGAUGUGAAGCGGAAAGCGCCGUGGUUCUGGAGCGACUUUCGGGAUGGUGUGAGCCUGCAGUGCCUGGCAUCCUUCCUCUUCCUCUACUGUGCCUGCAUGUCCCCCGUCAUCACCUUCGGGGGACUGCUGGGGGAAGCGACCAAAGGCCACAUAAGUGCCAUGGAGUCCCUGCUGGGUGCAUCCAUGACUGGUGUGGUGUAUUCCCUCUUCGCUGGCCAACCUCUCACCAUCCUCGGCAGCACCGGACCUGUCCUUGUGUUUGAGAAGAUCCUCUACAAGUUCUGCAGGGAGCACGCGCUCUCGUACCUGUCCCUGCGGGCGUGCAUUGGCUUAUGGACUGCCUUCUUCUGCGUCGUGCUGGUGGCCACCGACGCCAGCUCUCUGGUGUGCUACAUCACCCGCUUCACCGAGGAAGCCUUCGCCUCCCUCAUCUGCAUCAUCUUCAUCUACGAGGCUCUCGAGAAGCUGAGCCACCUGCGCGAGACCUACCCUGUGCACAUGCACAGCAAGCUUGACCUCCUCACCAUCUACUACUGUAAGUGUGAGUCUCCAACCCGCCCCAGCAACGAAACGCUGCACUUCUGGGAGAGCAACAGGAUCAACGUGUCUGGUAUUGCCUGGGAGAACCUGACGGUGACUGACUGCCGCUAUAUGCAUGGAGAGUUCCGACGCAACGGCCCCUAUGCACCUAAUGUCCUCUUCUGGUGCUGCAUCCUCUUCUUCUCCACCUUUGUCCUGUCGAGCUUGUUGAAGAAGUUUAAAACCAGCCGUUACUUCCCAACCAGAGUACGCUCCACAGUAAGUGACUUUGCUGUCUUCCUCGCCAUCGUCAUCAUGGUGCUCAUUGACUUCAUGGUUGGGAUCCCAUCACCGAAGCUCCACGUCCCUCAUAUGUUCAAGCCCACCAGAGAUGACCGCGGGUGGCUCAUCAACCCCAUAGGACCCAACCCUUGGUGGACGGUGUUGGCUGCACUCAUCCCAGCUCUGCUCUGCACCAUCCUGAUAUUCAUGGACCAGCAGAUCACUGCCGUUAUUGUGAACAGGAAGGAGCACAGGCUGAAGAAAGGAUGUGGGUACCACCUGGACCUUCUCAUGGUGGCCGUGAUGCUGGGGGUGUGCUCCGUGAUGGGGCUGCCCUGGUUUGUGGCUGCCACCGUCCUGUCUAUCACCCACGUGAACAGCCUCAAAGUGGAGUCUGACUGCUCAGCUCCAGGAGAACAACCCAAGUUUCUGGGGAUACGAGAGCAGAGAGUCACUGGCUUGAUGAUCUUUGUGCUCAUGGGCUGCUCUGUCUUCUUCACGUCUGCCUUGAAGUUCAUACCAAUGCCUGUGCUUUAUGGUGUCUUUCUCUACAUGGGGGUGUCGUCUCUCAGAGGAAUUCAGUUCUUCGAUCGCUUGAAGCUCUUCUGGAUGCCUGCGAAGCACCAGCCAGAUUUCAUCUACCUGCGGCACGUCCCCUUGCGAAAGGUGCAUUUGUUCACCUUGAUCCAGCUCAUCUGCCUCGUGCUGCUCUGGGCCAUCAAGGUGUCCCGUGCUGCCAUCAUCUUCCCCAUGAUGGUUUUGGCACUCGUCUUUGUCCGGAAAGUGAUGGAUUUCUGCUUCUCGAAGCGAGAGCUCAGCUUUCUGGAUGACCUCAUGCCAGAAAGCAAGAAGAAGAGGUUGGAUGAUGCCAAAAAUGAAGCCAAAGAAGAAGAGGAGUCCCGCAAGAUGAUGGAAGCUGCUGCUGCAAAUUCCGUUCAGCUGCAUCUGCUGGGGAAGAGCAGCAAGUUGGAUGUCCCAAAGCAAAGCAGUGACAGGGCUGACCCUUCCGAGAUUAACAUUUCGGAUGAGAUGCCGAAGACGGCCGUGUGGAAAGCUCUCACCAUGGACACAGAAACGCUCUGA